AUGUGUACCACCAGCCUGACCACUUGCGAGUGGAAGAAAGUCUUCUAUGAGAAGAUGGAGGUGGCCAAGCCGGCCGACAGCUGGGAACUCAUCAUGGAUCCCAACCUCAAGCUCAACGAGCUGGCCCCUGGCUGGAAGCAGUACCUGGAACAGCAUGCCUCGGGCAGGUUCCACUGCUCCUGGUGCUGGCACACCUGGCAGUCGACCCACGUGGUCAUCCUCUUCCACAUGUACCUGGACCGCGAGCAGCGGACGGGCUCGGUGCGCAUGCGCGUCUUCAAGCAGCUGUGCCACGAAUGCGGCACGGCGCGGCUGGACGAGUCGAGCAUGCUGGAGGAGAACAUCGAGAGCCUGGUGGACAACCUCAUCACCAGCCUGCGCGAGCAGUGCUACGAGGAAGACGGCGGCCAGUACCGCAUCCACGUGGCCAGCCGCCCGGACGCGGGCCCGCACCGCAGCGAGUUCUGCGAGGCCUGCCAGGAGGGCGUCGUGCACUGGAAGCCCAGCGAGAAGCUGCUGGAGGAGGAGGCCACCACCUGCACCUUCUCAGGGCCCUCCAAGCCAAGCGCCCAGGAGGGUUCCGGCUACAGCUUCUUCCUGCUUCGCUGGUGCCUCUUCGGGGCCGCCCUCUGCCUGCUCAUUGUCUACCUGCAGUUCUCCUUCCGCAGCUCUGCCUUCCUUUAGUGGAGCUACGCCCGUGGGGUAGGAAGGUUCUGGCUGCAGUUCUUCUGCAGAGUCAACAGGACUCUGGACAGCUAGCUCUGGCCCUCAGUUUAUUCCUCCAUGGAAUGGGAGGUUUGCUCUGGGAGAUACUUAAUGGUCUUGCCAUUAAAAUGUAUAGCGAUGGGGCAGGGGGAGAGGGUCUGGGGAGGAUUUAGGCCUGGUGGUAGUAAAUAAACCCACAGGGAGGUAUCUUCUCCCUCCACUUCCUCCACAUCCAUCCCGACCCCUCCUUUUGCUUCAUUUCCAUAUCCCACAUCCCAUUAGGACCCCAUUAGGUCCUGUCUUGCCCUGGCUUCAUCUCAAGGCCGUCUUCAGCUGCCUCUGACCAUCCUGCCAUGGUUCUCCUUGGAGAGGGCAGUGACCCCACCCUAUGCGAGAAUAUUCAGUGCAUUUUCAUUCAGUCCCUCUCCUGGAGAGUCUGCUCCCACUCUUCUGAAAGUUUCAGAUUGUUACUUUGGUGCUCAAGCCUGCUUGGCUGGAAUCAUUUAGAGCUGCACUGUCCAA